UCGCGCAGAGGCCGAAACGCACGCGGACGGUGUUUUGAUAAAUUUUCUGCUGAAGAAAAAUAAAAAAUAAAAAAUUGGAAAAAAGUUUUAAAUUACAAAAAAAUUGAGUGAAGUGCAUUGUGUUUGGCGGGUUGUUAGUGUUGUUGUUACAAACUCGAAUUCGUGUGUUGGCGGGUGUGCGUUUUCAAGCUGUGAAGUCAGUUAAAUUUUGUAAAUGUCCGAGAAGUCGAAGCAGUGUGAUUUGUGACGAGUUUUUUACGCCUUUCAAAACUGAAAUUAUUGAGCGCAACGAGUUAUCUCGUAUGUAAAAUACUAAGAAAAUUAAAAAAAGACGUAACUAAUUGGAACGCGCAUUAUUUGUUGCAAAAAUUAAUUUGCAAAACAAACAAAAGAUACGCAAUCGGCGGCGGCACAGAGCCACAUACAAACAGCUCAAAUAAACCGAAUUGAAAAAGAAGAAGCGCCGCGGUAGAGGGUGCCUGUGUGUGUGUACAUAGUGAAUGCGCCAACCACUGCCCAGCUAAACGAGCACACAGCAACUUCGCGCGGAGUCACUUGGCUGCUCGUGAAACUCGUUUAGAGCGCAACAAAAGUUUGCAAAAAGCCAGAAACGCCGCGCCAGUGCGACACUGACGACGUACGAACGAAAAGCGAACUUUCGCACCGCGCAUUGCUGCCGCAGCCACUUGCAAUCAAACAUAACCAGCGACAAAUGUGCACACGAAGCUCGCGCAGUGUGUAGUGUAGUUAACUGCMAACGCGCCGCGCACGCGCAAAUCGAGUAACCAAAUAUUCGCCUUCCUGUUGGCAAAUGUGUGUGUGUUCACAUAAAUAAGUGCUCUACUAAUUACGAAGUGCAAUAUAAAUUUGAAAUUCGUGAAACAAGAAUUUUUUUUUGGUGCCAAAAAGCUGCAAAUUAAACGAGAAGCCAAAAUACUGAAACAACUUCAACUUCAACGUCGUUAACGCUUCGCGCUGGACUACGCGUCUCUGUAGAAUGCCGUUGCAGUGUCAGCGCUCCUGCUGUCGUAGUCGUUGUUGUUGUUGUUGAGCAUAAAAUGCAAUUACUUACGCUGGAGAGAUUGACGCCACUGCUGCUGCUGUUGCUGCACUUCUCCGGCUGCGUCGUCGAGACGGCGCUAGCGGCGCGCAAUCCCCGACAGGGUGGUGGCGGUGGCGGUAAAAAUGGCCGGGCGGAACGCUAUCGCGGCUCACAGCAAGCGGCGCGCAAGCGUCACAACAGCAUGGGCGGCAAUGGUGUGGGUGGCGUUAACGGCGCAGCGGCGCUUGCGCAAAACCAUGAGAACAAUCAUACGGAGUUUGUGAAGGGAAAAAUUUGCAUUGGCACGAAGUCCCGUUUGUCUGUGCCUUCGAAUCGUGAACAUCAUUACCGAAAUUUACGCGAUCGCUACAACAAUUGCACCUAUGUGGAUGGCAAUUUGGAGUUGACCUGGUUGCAGGAACCCGAUAUGGAUCUGAGCUUUUUGGAGAACAUUCGCGAAGUGACCGGCUACAUACUCAUCAGUCAUGUGGACAUACAAACUGUCGUAUUUCCAAGACUACAAAUCAUCCGUGGCCGCACUUUGUUCAAUCUCAAUGUGCAAGAUCAACAAUAUGCCCUGUUCACUGCCUACUCGAAAAUGUUCACACUUGAAAUGCCUGCACUCAGAGACAUACUACAAGGCUCUGUGGGUUUCUUCAAUAACUUCAAUUUGUGUCACAUCAAAUUGAUCGAAUGGAAGGAGAUCAUCUCGGGUCCCGAUGAUCGCUUCACCUAUGUGUAUAACUUUACGCCACCGGAGCGUCAGUGUCCCAAGUGUCACGAGUCGUGCGAGCGCGGUUGCUGGGGCGAAGGUCCCAACAAUUGUCAGAAGUUCAGCAAGAUAAAUUGUUCGCCACAAUGCGCGCAAGGUCGGUGCUUCGGCUCACGUCCGCGCGAGUGCUGCCAUCUUUUCUGUGCCGGCGGUUGUACGGGCCCCACACAGCGUGAAUGUAUUGCUUGUAAGAAUUUCUACGAUGAUGGUGUUUGCAAGGAAGAAUGUCCACCUAUGCAGAAGUAUAAUCCUACCAAUUAUUUGUGGGAGAUGAAUCCGGAAGGUAAAUAUGCUUAUGGUGCGACCUGUGUGAAGGAAUGUCCCGAACAUUUGCUGAAGGAUAAUGGUGCAUGUGUGCGUAGUUGUCCGGCAGAGAAGAUGGCUAGGGAUGGUGAGUGUGUGCCAUGUAAUGGCCCUUGUCCCAAGACAUGUCCCGGCACACCGGCGCUACAUUCGGGCAAUAUUGACACAUAUAAAGGUUGUACAGUGAUCGAAGGUUCAGUACGUGUUUUGGAUCAGACCUUCUUUGGCUAUCAGCACAUUUACUCCAAUAACUCGUUUGGUCCACGCUUCAUUGCCAUGCAUCCAGAUCGUUUGGAGGUGUUCUCCACAGUAAAAGAAAUUACUGGCUAUUUGGAUAUUGAAGGUGCACAUCCGGCUUUCAAAAACCUUUCAUACUUCCGUAAUUUGGAGGUGAUACAUGGACGUCAGUUAAUGGAGAGCUACUUUGCUUCCUUAUCGAUUGUGCGUUCUUCUCUGGAAAGUUUGGAGCUGCGCAGUUUGAAGCGCAUCAACUCUGGCGCCGUGGUUAUCCAGCAGAAUGACAACAUUUGUUUUGUUAGCGACAUCGAUUGGCAGAAGGUGCAAAAGUCGGUGGACCAUGGUGUAGUGAUCGCACGGAAUCGCAACGAAACCGAAUGCAAAUCGGAGGGCCUUGUAUGCUCGGAUCAAUGCAACAAGUCUGGCUGCUGGGGUAAAGGUCCCGACCAGUGUCUGGAAUGCAAGAACUUCGCCUUCAAUGGCACCUGCAUCGCCGAUUGCCAUAAUAUAACAAACGCUUAUCAAUUCGACAACAAGACCUGCAAAGAGUGUCACCCCGAGUGUCGCACUUGUUCGGGUCCAGGCGCCGACCACUGCGAAGAGUGUGUGCAUGUACGCGAUGAGAAACGUUGCGUCACAGUGUGCCCGGACAAAAAAUACUCCGAUUAUGGCAUUUGUCGUACUUGUCAUGAAACUUGUGAGGGUUGCACGGGACCUAAGGACACAAUCGGACCGGGCGGUUGCAAAACAUGUAAUCUCGCCAUCAUCAACAGUGAUACGACAGUCGAACGUUGUUUGCUUAAGAACGACAAAUGUCCGGAUGGUUAUUAUUGGGAAUAUGUGAAUCCCCAAGAACAAGGCAAUCUGAAACCAUUGGCCGGCAAAGCAAUUUGCCGCAAAUGUCAUCCACGUUGUGAGCUCUGCAAUGGCUACGGUUUCCAUGAGCAGGUGUGCUCGAAAUGCGCCGGUUACAAGCGCGGCGAGCAAUGUGAGGACGAAUGCCCUCCCGAUCAUUAUGCUGAUGAAACCCGUCGUGAGUGCUUCGAAUGUCACCCCGAAUGCAAGGGUUGCACCGGACCAAGCGCGGAGGAUUGCAUCGCUUGCCGCAGCUUCAAAGUCUUUGGUUUUGGCGAUCCCAAUGAUAACACAACCAUCUUUAACUGCACCUCUAAAUGUCCAGCCGAGUAUCCAUAUGUGAUUUAUCAGUCCACUGAUAUUGGCACAUAUUGCUCGGAAGUACCUGGUAAAGGCACUAAACUCACCGCCGGCGUCGACAGCUAUAUCUUCAUCAUCGUAGCGUUCAUUGUGUUUGUGGUUAUGUUUUGCAUGUGCAUCGUCUGUUAUGUCUGUCGUCAGCGCACUAAAGCCGAGAAGGAGGCGGUAAAAAUGACACGUGUGCUUAGUGGUUGUGAAGACGCCGAACCGCUGCGACCAUCGAAUAUCUCACCGAAUCUAUCGAAAUUGAGAAUCGUCAAGGAUGCGGAGUUACGCAAAGGCGGAGUGCUUGGCAUGGGCGCAUUUGGUCGUGUGUUCAAGGGUGUUUGGGUGCCGGAGGGCGAGAAUGUCAAAAUACCUGUGGCCAUCAAAGAGCUGCUAAAGGCUUCUGGCGCCGAAUCCAGCGAAGAAUUUCUACGCGAGGCCUAUAUCAUGGCAUCGGUUGAACAUCCCAAUCUGCUAAAGUUACUCGCUGUUUGCAUGACGUCACAAAUGAUGCUGAUCACACAGCUUAUGCCACUCGGCUGUCUGCUCGAUUAUGUGCGCAACAAUCGCGACAAGAUUGGUUCUAAGGCAUUGCUUAACUGGUCCACACAAAUUGCAAAGGGUAUGUCGUACUUGGAGGAGAAGCGACUGGUGCAUCGCGAUCUUGCAGCACGUAAUGUGCUGGUACAAACGCCUUCUAUUGUGAAGAUCACCGAUUUUGGCUUGGCAAAACUGCUUAGCAGUGACUCGAAUGAGUACAAAGCGGCUGGCGGUAAGAUGCCCAUCAAGUGGCUGGCACUGGAGUGCAUCAGACAUCGUGUCUUCACCAGCAAGUCGGAUGUUUGGGCUUUUGGCGUAACCAUUUGGGAACUAUUGACUUUUGGACAGCGUCCACAUGAGAAUAUACCUGCCAAAGAUAUACCCGAUCUCAUCGAAGUUGGUCUGAAAUUAGAGCAACCCGCCAUUUGUUCGCUCGAUAUCUAUUGCACAUUGCUAUCCUGUUGGCAUUUGGACGCCGAAAUGCGUCCAUCAUUCAAACAGCUGGUGAAUGUAUUUUCUGAAUUUGCACGCGACCCCGGUCGUUAUUUGGUCAUACCAGGUGACAAAUUUACUCGCCUACCCGCCUAUACAAGUCAAGAUGAGAAGGAUCUAAUCAGAAAGUUGGCGCCCACAACUGAAGGCCCAGAAGCUAUGGUCGAGGCAGAGGACUACUUACAACCAAAGGUGGCGCCCGGGCCCAGUGGUACGGAAGACACGGAUGAGGUGCCUAAACUUAAUCGUUACUGCAAAGAUCCGAUGAAUAAGAACUCAUCGUCUGGUGGUGACGAUGAGACCGACUCGAACGCGCGUGAAGUUGGUGUCGGCAACUUGCGACUCGAUCUCCCGGUCGACGAGGAUGACUAUCUUAUGCCCACCUGUCAGUCCACCACGCCCAAUGGUACAACCGGCAGCAACAACAACACCAUCAAAGCAAAUGGCCAUCCCAACGGUGGUAUGGUUAUUGGCGGUGGCGGUUACAUGGAUCUAAUCGGUGUGCCCGCAAGCGUUGAUAACCCCGAAUACCUGCUCAACCCGCAAGCGCUGAGCGUCGACGACGCGCCCAUACCCACGCAAACGAUCGGCAUACCAGUGCUGAUGAACCGCAACGGCGGCAACACCGUGCUGACCGGUGGCAAUGGCAGCGUGUUAAGCGGCCACCAUCACGCACACCACACGCCCACAUCGGCGGCGGCAGCUGCGGCGGCGGCGAACACCAUAGCCGCUCUAACUGCAAUGCACGACAUGAAUGUGGCAGCCAUGGUGGCGGGCAAUGGCGGCUCGGAGCCGACCAGCUCGGACCAUGAGUACUACAACGACACGCAGCGUGAGUUGCAGCCACUGCAUCGCAGCGAGACGCGCGUCUAACCGACAGUGCGUCCGUUGGCCGUCGGUGACUCAGAUGUAGCCAAAGCGAAUGCGGCACGCCUACAAAGCGAACGGUGGGAUGGUCGAUGGUGAAGGUAGAGGUAGAGGGAAGCAGAAAAAGACUGCAACACUGCCGACGUGAACUUAACUUGCCACAAGAACUUGCAACGUGCCUCAUUUACAUACAUACAUACAACAUGCGAGUAUGUAUGUGUGCCACUACGUAACGUAACUGUAAAUACAUAUUUAAGCAAACACAAAGCGAAUGCAGCGAAAUCGAGCGACUUUCGAACGCAGCAAAAGCCGCACACACGAAACGAAGCAAAACAAACAGACAAACUAAU